AUGGAGUUCAUUAAGCAGUUGUGGAGAUGUGUUUGUUUGGUCUUGAUCCUUAUGUUGGGGACUUGGUCUAGUGAAGCCACUUCUCGUAACCUCCAAGAUGCAUCAAUGUACGAAAGAGAUGAACAAUGGAUGGUUCGUUAUGGACGUGAAUACAAUGAUGUUAAUGAGAAGCAGAAGCGUUUUGAGAUAUUCAAGAAGAAUGUGGCAUACAUAGAAUCCUCUAAUAGCGAUGUAAACAAAUCUUACAAAUUAAGUGCUAAUCAAUUUGCAGACCAAACAAAUGAAGAAGUGAAAGCAUCAAGAAAUGGAUUCAGAGGGCGUGAGUACUCCACAAAGACUACUUCUUUCAAAUAUGAAAAUGUGACAGUAGUACUAGCUACUAUGGAUUGGAGAAGCAAAGGAGCUGUAACACCCAUGAAGGACCAAGGCCAACGUGAGCAAGAGGUGGUUGAUUGUGACACCAAUGGCGAAGACCUAGGAUGUGGCGGUGGUUGGCUCGACGGUGCCUUUGAGUUCAUCAAUCAAAACAAUGGCCUUAGCUUCGAGGCUAGUUACAACUACAUAAGUGUUGACGGUAGAUGCAACACCCAAGCUACCCACACAACCAAUAUAACCGGCUACGAAGAUGUGCCCGCAAGCAAUGAGGAAGCCCUUCUUAAGGCUGUUGCUAACCAACCUGUUUCUAUUUGCAUUGAUGCUGGAGAAAACAAUUUCCUAUACUAUACAAGUGGAAUCUUUGCAGGAUCAUGUGGACUAGAAAUGGAUCAUUGUGUUACCGCAACUGGUCACGGCGUCAGUGACGAUGGCACAAAAUAUUGGUUGCUGAAAAACUCAUGGGGCACGGAUUGGGGUGAAGAAGGGUACAUGAGGAUGCAAAGAGAUGUUUAUGCAAAAGAAGGUCUAUGUGGUGUAGCUAUGCAUGCGUCUUACCCCAUCGCAUAA